AUGGAAGUCGAAAAUCAGCUAAAAAUUGACGAUUUUUUACUUAGCGUUUUUGAAGAAGAACCCACUGCGAAAAACCCGUAUAUUCUCGCUUCGAAAAGCAAAAAACUAUUCAUUAAUCGCCAUAGAUGCCGAAAAACAGAGAAAACAGUCGAAAAUGCGAAAGAAAGCGUUUUAGUUUGGAAAGAAUUCAUGGCGGAAGCAGAUCAGAUUUGCCACAAUGAAGCGUAUGAUUUUGUUUUUGGGCAUCUUUUUGGGGACGAGUUUUAUUCGGAUGGAAUGGUGGGCGAUUUUCUGUUCGAAUUUGAAGAAACAAGCGAAGAAAAACUUGAAAUUUCAACGCGAAAAUCUUCGCCGCCGAAAAUUUUGGUCAAAGACUUUUGGGAAGAGACGUUUGUUCUUCAUGCUUCCUUGGUCCAAUUCGACCCUUCUCUUGUCCAAUUCUCUCUUUGCUUCCAUUCACUUAUCAACAACGAAGAAAAACGAUACUCUGGCGGCGAAAACCGACACUUUCAAGUCUCCGCUCUUUUCCUUGAUUCUAGCGGUGAAAUUCUUUCCCUAAAAUGGAAAACCAUCAAACCAAAAGAAAAACUGAUUUCCUUCCCGAUCGAAAAUCUGGACUCAGUCCAUUCAAUUGAGCUCAGACAAGCUUCCGUAAAAUUGAAUGGACCGGAAAUAAGUUAUGGACGAUCAAACAAGAUCUUUAUUGAUGGGCAUUCAGAAUUGCAAAUAGCUGGAAUAAAGAUCGAAAAAGCAGACGAAGUUGUUAAUGCUCAUAAAAAGAUUCAACUAAGUUUCAGCAAUUCAGCAAGGAUACCCUUAUUACCCAACCAAUCCGACUCAUUCACAGUCUUUGGAAGUUACAGUCAGCCAAAUACAACAUGUUCUCACUGUAGAUGUUCCUUGGCGAAGUCACAUGACUUCAUUUUCCAGUCAAAUUCGAGCGAAAAAUUUGUCGAUUGGAAAAUUGACGAAAAGAAGGAGCCAAAAGAGGUGUUUAUUUGGUCAUCAACCGGUCAAAAUGGAAAUGAAACGAUUUGUGGACCGGUUCAUAAGAUGAAAAUUGACUCAAUCGCGCUGGAAAUUACCAUGGCUGGAAUUUUCUUCUCAAUUUUCAUUCUUUCUGUCGCCAUUUUCGCCUGUCUGUUUCGCUACGUCAAAAAGGUCAAAAGAAAAACGAAGUGUCAAAAGCCGAAAAUCAUAAUUUACGAAGACGAUUGUCGAAAAAUUCAAAAAGAUGAGAAAGAGUCAGAACUUCUGGAUAUUCUGCCGGAAUCGUCGAAUUUCAUCCCGGUUAAUCUUCAGAAGCUGAUUUGGGGAAUGUCCUCCUCAGAAUCUUCGCUGGAAGAAAUCAGCUCACUUUCAUCUCAUUCUGCAAACAACGAUUAUGUUGAUUUCAAUUUCGCCAUGUGA